CAGUGGUUUAUAAUCAUUUCAUUCUCUCGCUGCAAAAAUUAUAUUCUAAUUUUUUUUUUCUGUCAAAAAUAAGGCAAAAGAGACAUUGCACUUGUAAAAUCUGUUAUCCUUUUUGAUUGAGAAGAAAUGGCAACCACAGUGGCUACUUCACUCCCUCAAUUCAAUGGGCUAAGGCCCCAAUUCUCAGCUGCUCCCGUUAGAACCCUGGCAGCAGUUCAACCAAUGAGGCGCAAGGGUGCUCUCGGUGCUCGCUGCGAUUACAUUGGCUCGCCCACAAAUUUGAUUAUGGUGACCAGCACAACCCUAAUGCUUUUUGCUGGAAGGUUUGGGCUAGCCCCGUCUGCAAACAGAAAGGCAACAGCAGGAUUGAAGCUUGAGAUAAGGGACUCAGGGCUGCAAACUGGUGACCCGGCCGGUUUCACCCUUGCCGACACCUUGGCUUGUGGAGCCGUUGGCCACAUCAUUGGAGUUGGGGUUGUUCUUGGCCUCAAGAACAUUGGUUCACUGUAAAAAGCUUUGCUUAAUUUAUUAUAGGUGUUUGGUUUGUAAAAACUCUUGUAUUAUGCCAUAGUCCAAUGCUUUUUGUUACCGGUAA